GUCAAAGAAGGUCAAAAGAUACUUUUGUAAUUUUUCAAGAUUUUAAAACGAUGUAUUUAAUGUUAGAAACAAAACGCUAUUCGCACUGUUUUCGUUACACUACUACUAGUUUUUUAUUGACCAAUAGAAUUAACGACAAAUCGAAAAACUACCAAUAAAAAGAUAAGUCAAUUUAAUUUGACAUUCAAUGUCACUGUGUUGGCAUUUGAAAUUCCAAGAGAACAUUCUUUAAAAACAUGGUGGCAUCUCAGUGAAAAGGGUGUUCGUUUCAUACUCAUAAGAAAUUUUAGGAAGCUUAUUAAGCAGGAGUGUUUGAUAAAAAUUGUAAACACCGAACAAAUAAGCUUCAUUCCAAAUUAAACAAUGACGUCCGAAGAUAACCAGAUUUCCGAGGAAUUGAAGGGAUGUUAUGAGAACCUCAUUGUUAUUGACAUCGGCGCAAACCUGACCAACAAGAAAUACGGCCGUGAUCUCGAUUCGGUGGUGCAAAGGGCGAAAGAUGCAGGAGUCCAAAAGAUCAUGGUUACUGGCACAUCAGUACGCAGCAGUAAGGAAGCACUGAGAUUGACCCGACUGUAUCCCAGCACAAUAUAUUCCACGGCAGGUGUCCAUCCCCACGACGCAAAAUCAAUGACAGAUGAAGAGACGUGGGCGGAGUUACAAGCGACGGCGGCGGCGCCCGAGUGCGUGGCUAUCGGAGAGUGCGGCCUCAACUACACCAAGGACUUCUCGGAGCCUCAGGUGCAGAGGGAUGUAUUCAAACGACAGGUGGAAAUGGCCUGUGAGCUCAGAAAACCUGUAUUCGUCCACGAAAAGGAAGCCCAAGACGAUUUGAUAAAGAUCUUGGACGAAUUCGGCAACCGCCUCCCCCCAGUAGUGAUUCACUCAUUCACUGGCUCCGUUGAGCAAGGGAUCAAGUAUAUAGAGAAGGGGUUCUAUUUGGGUAUAACUGGUUAUAUCUGCAAGGACAAGUCGGAUGGUGGCAUAAGGCGGUUGUUAUCUGAGAGAAUACUUCCUUUGGAUAAACUGCUGGUCGAGACCGACUCUCCGUUCAUGUAUCCCAACAUGAGAGCUUCCAAACUGCCGUUGCAUGUCAAGGAUUCACUUACAGAAAGAUCCAUGAACUUCGUCAACCGUUACUGCACGUUCCAACGCAACGAACCGUGCGCCCUGCCGGCCAUAGUGGAACUGAUCGCUGGUUUCCUGGGCCAGGGUCCUGAGGAUGUGGCCCUCGCUACUGCUUUUAAUGCGCUGAAGCUGUUCGGACUCAGCCAGUAACCUGACUGGAGCUUCAAGGUUUAGCCAGACUGGAUUGGACCUUGGGACUUGCCAAUAUCGACGCCCUUCAAGAUUAACUUACAAGGUAAUGUGACCUGGAGGUUUAUGCAGCUUUUGGAAUACAUGAUUUGGAAGUGCCUAAGUAAAUAUCUUAACUGUAAUGUCCUAAAAGCCUGUUGUAAUUUUGUUAACUUUGGCAGUGGCAGCCAAAAUUUGAGAUAAUCCUAACAACUUACUAUAUUUAUCUAUACAAAAGUUAGUUAACUUUUCUACAGCAGAUCAUUCUCAGAACUUAACUGUAAUAUCCUCAGUCUGGUGCGAAUUUGUUUUUGUGCAGUUUUUUGUUUGAACAAUUUAAUAUAAACUUUGGUAUAGCAGAUACCAUAACUCCGUUCAGUUGUGAAGUUGUUAUGAACUCUUUGGUAAUAUUGAUAUCUGUAGAGCUGGUAAUAUUGAGAACUGUAGAAAUGUAUAAAUUUUGGUGCAAAGACAGUUAAAAGAGGUUAAAUACAGAGUUCUCUCAUAAAUUUAAAAAAAUAGUGCAUAGGCGCUUAAAAAUCUGUCAAUUUUAGUGCAAAGGCGUUUAUAAAUCUGGUUUUUAUAACUGAUAAUUUAAUUCCAGAGUCUAUGAUUAACCAUAACUAUAACUUUAGUAAAUUGUGAUUGUCUUAAACUGCAAAAUUUGAUGAUAUCAAUGAAAAUAUUUUUUUUAAUAUUAAAAAAAUAUCUUAAAUAAAAUCUAAAACUGUUACAGCAAUAUUUUAAUUUGUUUAUCGUGAUAGUCACUAAUCUACUUCGCUGAAAUAGAUUUAGUGAAUCACAAUUUUAUUUUUGUUUUUUUUCUAGACUUUAUUUGAGAUAUUUUUAAGCAUUUUCAAGGUAUCGAUAUUUUAUUGAAAUGAUGCCUCUAACUUAGCAAGUUUUUUUUUACUAUGACAAUCAUAUUAAUUUACUUUUCAUUUGUUGUUUGAUACAAAAAUCUCUGGUUUUUAUAAAAUUAACCCUUAGGCUCUUAAUUUUAUUUCCAAAAGCUGUAAUCUCCAGGUCUUUGACAAUGUAAUGUCAAUAUUUUUAUGUAUAAGAAUCGAAAUCAAUAAUCAAGAACGUAUUUAUGUGAUUUAAAUGUGCCUUUUAGAAAAAAAAUAUCUACGAGGUUCAUAUAUUAAAUAAUUAAGUAUAUUUACAGCAAUUGAAUGUUACCCGAAUAAUAAGAGAUUUAUUCAAAUAGUUAAUUGCAUAAUGUUAUACUUUUUUUUUAUUAUUGUGAAUAUUUGAUCCUUCGGACGUCAGUUAUAUCGACAAAGCGAUAAGCGAUUAUAUACUCAUGUUAAAUGAUAUGUUAUAUAGAGGAGUGACAUUUUUAAGAUGUGUUUGAUAAGACAAGGCAGGGUAUGUGGAGAUUUUUAUCUGUUAUAGUAUUGUGUAAUGUGGAAUAUUGACAGAAAUCAAUGCAAUACUAAUAUUAUAAAUGCUAAAGUAGGUCUGUCUGUCUGUUACCUUUUCAACGGCUGAACCAAUCAAGAUGAAUUUUAGUAUUCUAAUAAAUGGGACCUAGGAGCAGAGAACAUAGGCUACUUUUUGUCCCUAAAAUAAGUAUAUUUUACUAUGUAAAUCAAUUCAAAAUUUUAAAAUUCAUGAUGAAAGCUUGGAUUAAUUAGUUUGUAUUUUGAAUUAAUAAUGUAAUUUUGCGUCCGCUAGUAUUCAAUAAAAUUACAUGCAAAACUAAAAGUUGUUAUGUUAUAAAAUAUUAAUAAAAUUAAUUAUUUUUGUGACUAUACAAAAUCCGUACAGUAGUUACAAAGCACUAAUAACUUCUGUUUACACAUAUGUAGACUAUUCGAAUUAAUUUAUUACAUUCUUUAGAUAACAGAUAAUAUUGUUUUGAUCAAUCGUUUGAUAGAAAUAUCUAAAUGACUAUGUUAUACACAAUAUUAUUGUUGAUAAUAUUUUUUUAAUUAUCUAUUAAUAAUUUAUUGAGUAUGAUUGAUUUAUCUUAUCAUUGUCCCAUAUACCUUGCUUUGUCUAGACUGUGACAUUAGAGGCUAUAAAUAUACAUUUUUUAACAAAAAAUACAAAAAAAAAAAAUGCAUUGGAACAUUUCUUGCCAUCAUUAUCGUAAGAUUCGUGCCUCUCUAGUUAAACUCAAAUGCCAGCCAGGUUAAAACUAGGUAUAAAAAAACAAAAGUUUAAUUUAAAAAAAAAAAGUAAUUUGCAAGCGUUUGGAAGCUUGGAGUGUAAUGCCAUUUAUUUAAAAAAAAAAUCAUUGCACCGACUAUGUUUAUUUAAUCUUGAUUUGUUAUUUUUAUUUUUAAUUGUCUAUAUUAUGGUACUUUUUGCCAAUAUUUAUUUACUUUAAGCUUUUUUUUUUGUUGUUUUUGUAGCGUGUUGCACAUCUCUUGUAGUUUUUUUUAUUACAGAGCGGUGUUAUUUCUGUUGUUCAUAUACAGAUAAAAAAUUGACAACUGUAAAAUAACUGUCACUUUAAAGAUUUGUGAGCAACAGAAAUAAUAUCGAUAUUAUUCUAUAUACGUAUACGCUCAUGUAAUGCACUGAAUGUAUUACAAUGAACAAACAAAUAUUUAUAGUAAAUGUAUCAUAGACAUUAUAAAUAAUAACCUACAGUGCGUUACAUAAGCCAUGUACCAAUAAAAAAUUAAAUAUGGUGGCAAUAUAUGACAGCUUUAGUCAAUAUGAUCUCAAUAUUUUUAUGUUUAAAAAAAAACAAAAAAAAAGCGACAUCACCAUAAUAUUUUUAACCGACUUCGAAAAAAGGUGGAGGCUGUCAAUUCGACGCGUAUGUUUUUUUUCUUUAUUUUAGAUUUAAAUAACCAAUUUUGGUCUCAUUUCAUUUGAAAAUCGGUUUAGUAAUUUUGUGUUAAAAUCGAGAUAACUAAAAUACGAUUUGAAGUCGGUUCCAUUUUUAUGUUAAAAAGAUUAUUCCUUUAAUAGUGUUCUAUUUUGUCUUUAUUUUAGGUUAGGCAAAUAUUGAAAGUCUUAUUUUUUUAAUUACAAAUAUAUGGUGACGUCAGCAUAAAUAUUACAUCACUGUAAAAUUUUCAUUUACAUUUUGUAACGGUUUUCGAAUAUUGUUGUGUCUGUUUGUAUUAAGCGGAUUCGUUUUGGAUUGCGGUCGCCAUUUUGUAAAAAAUCCUAACGAAUGUCCGUCAUACGCCAUUAGAGCUAGGUUUCAUGUCAUAUUGCCACUGUAUUGCCAGUGCUCAUAUAUUUAAAACCUGUACAAAAUGUGUUACAUAUACAUAUUGUUAUAAUGUAAUAUUAAAAAUCUUAUUUACGAUAUUUAUAUUGUAAAUACGUACAUAAUAUGUGACGUAAUUAAUACAAUUAAUGUCGACAUUUGCAGUUAAUUCUAAUAUCAUAGACAAUAAACUGCUGGGUACCUUGAUUUUAUGAGCACUGUUUAGGGUUAUAACUCACUGUAUAAAAUCGUAAGGUUACUUUUAAAAUAAAUGCUCAUAGAGGCGAUAUUUUCUUUUUUAAUAUAAAAUGUAUAUGUAAACCAUAAUAUCACAAUAUUUUUUUUUUCUUUACAAGUUAGCUCUUGACUACAAUCUCACCUGAUGGUAAGUGAUGAUGCAGUCUUAGAUGGAAGCGGGCUAACUUGUUAGGAGGAGGUUGAAAAUCCACACCCCUUUUCGGUUUCUACACGACAUUGUACCGGAACGCUAAAUUGCUUGGCGUUUUUGUCGGUAGGGUGGUAACUAGCCACGGCUGAAGUCAGCCAGCCAAAGACUUUUUAGUCUGUGUUACGGUUUUAUAUAGUGGGUAUAUGCUAUAGUAGUAUUAAGUAAAGCUUGUUUGCAGAUAUAAUAGUAGUGCCUUACGGUAUUAUGACUAUUGUAAAUCUGUAACUUUUCUAUAUUAGCAUUAUGCACGGUGUUAGGUGUUUUCUUAGACUUCGCUCUGCGCAGAGCAUUCCUAUUCGAAAUAAAUUAUAUUUUUAUUAAUUAAUUAAUUAUUAUUAUUAAUCAUCGAAUAUAUUGUAAAUAGCCUAUAUUUAAAUGUUUAUAAACAAAUAAAUAAUAAUAAUUAUAAUAUUUUUAAUGCUGGUAGUCACAACGAAAUCAAAGACUGCAAGUAUUAAUGUGGAAUUUGACAUAACGGAUAUGUUUUGAUUAAUAAUUGAAAUAGAUGUUUUUUUUUGUAAUUAUAUUUAAAUAUUUAAUCAAUCGCUGAUUAUGUUAAGAAUUAAUUAUUAACGGUUUUGUUAAUAUUCAUUCUAUGUGUAUUCGGCGUACUAAGAGUAUUGUUAGGUACUAAAGUGUGUGUCACCAGUUACAGUUGCCUAAUAAUAUACUCAGAGGCACAAUUAUCCGCGCACUUUAAUAUGGCGCUAGUAUAUUAAAGUGGGCGGAUAUUUGUACCUCUGAGUAUAUUUUAUCAUACAAAAAUAUAAUACUUUGAGUAGCCCUACUUGUUGUUAUAACCUCUGAAUAAAAUUAUUUUUUAGAUGUGUAGUUUUAAUUCACUUAAAUUUUGAAGUAAAUCUGGAAGCGCACUGUUAAUUUUGGUGACACAUAUUUGUGAUUCCUUUAUUUUUUGACAAUUACUUUGUUCGUAGAUUAUAAGGGUAACUCGCGGGCUCGAAUAAUUUACUCAAAAAUGUAAUUUUAUGUACCUACUACAUACGUAAAUGAAUUCGACAUAAUAUUACAUUUUUAGUUAAUUAUUUGUAUAUAGAAAUGAUAUUUAUAAUUAUGAUCCCGCGGGGGGUUAAGGUGUCCGCAUUCAACCGUUUAGUGGUGCGUUGAUUAUUUUACACUAAAUUGACAGUUAUUGUUAAAUUGACAGUUACUGUCAAUUUUGUGCAAUUAUUUUUGACAGUUUAUUUAUAAUGUGUGUUAAAUUAUUGAUGUUGAGACGUACUAAUAACUUCACGUUUGUUUUCUAUAAAAUCGGUCUAAUAAUCGGUCGGUGUUUCAUCGCUGCUCGGUUGUUUGCGGAUAAAGCUUUACUGUAUUGUAGUGCCUUCGACAAAACGUCCUUUUGUGAUACAUAUUUUUUUCUUUAUUGUACAGAAAUAUUUUCUUUCAAUAAAAAAAUAAAAAAUUA